AUGAGCAGUGAUCGACUUCAAAGUCUUGCAAAAGAGGCAUUUUCAGCAUAUUUAACUUUUUACCAUCAAAACUCAAUGAAAAAUGUUUUCAAUCCAAAUAACAUCAAUACAGAAGAACUUGCGCAGUCUUUUGGAUUAAUGGAAGGAACAAAGAUAUCUUUUGUUGUAAGAUCAGGAAAAACUGCUGACGGACAAUGGAUCAAGAAAGAGAAGAAGAAGAAAGGAAAAUAA